AUGAUCAAGAGGAUCGCCGACAACUGCUCCGUCGUGCUGACAACACAUCACCUCGAGGAGGUGGAGGCACUGGGGGAUGUAGUAGCCAUCAUGGUCGACGGCAAGUUGCGCUGCAUCGGCGACAAGACGCAUCUCAAAAAUAAGUACGGUAGUGGUUAUGAGAUGCAUAUAUGCAUUGCGAAUGCUGAUUGGUAUGACCAUGUUGAGAGUUUUGUGAGUCAGAUGUUUCCCGGCGCGACUUUAAAUGAGUACAAAGGACAGCGAUUUGUGUACGCGCUUCCCCACGACACAUCACUUGCAAAUACAUUCCGUAUUCUUCAGCAGUUCAAGGACACCCUUGGUAUUACGGAUUACUGUGUUUCGCAAACAUCGAUUGAGCAGGUAUUUCUUCGAAUCAGUGAUGGUGCUGUUUAA